AGAUGGAGCGACAUUGAACGAUCUCCUAUCCGCGGACGGCUGUCCUAAUCUGGAGAUCGUGCUAAUGCAAACGUAUGGCAUUGAUGUGCCGCUGGUCAGCAAGACGCUGCUGUCACUAGACGUGCACGCUGUGAUGGUUGCGGAUGCAUUCAAGGACUGCCCUAACCUGACAACGUUGGUGUUCUUGUUGACUCAUGAGAGGCUUAAAACAGAGGAUGUCAGUAGUGCGUCGAUCAAGCAUCUGUCGUACCACAACUGGGGGGGAAUGAAGGAAGUGAGCGCAAGUCUGUUCCCGAAAGUAGAGACCUACCAGACCAAAGUGCUGACAAUGCCGUUCCAUUCUAUGACGCUGAAGGAAUUGGCACUUAAGAGUUUUACGCUGCCCGCAAAUAGCCAGCAUCCCAAUCUGAAGCACUUGUCAGUGUCAUUAGGCGAGGGGGAAGAUCUGCAAAACUUCUCCGGCAACUGGCCUACUGAUUUGGAGUCGCUCAAGAUUAGCUUCGGUGUAGAUGACGAUAGAAUCGACGAGCACUUUGAGGAGUUCCUGGGCAGUAUGCUGGCGACCCAGACCCGUCUGACCACACUCCGAAUCGAUGCGGUUCUCCAUAGACCUCUGAGUUCGGCUUCGCUCACACACGUGUCUGUAGACGGAUACUACACUCUAGACAUACUGAGACAAACACUGGCAAACUGUCCUAAGCUUGAAGUGAUUUGUCUUGGAGAGGGCAGGAGCCCUAUAUUUUGGGACAACGUGGCCAUGUGGCAGUCCUUGAAGAAUAUCAAGGUGCUCGCUCCCUACCGGUGUCGUAAGACUAUGCCGCCGUCUUUCAGUGAGAUGAUGGUCGAGGGCCGGGGCGGGUACUGGCAUCGGUACUAGACAAUUAGCGAGGAAUGUGAGGCAAGGCGUAUACGAAGAGAUUGGCACGUCUGCACCCGUGUUUGGCUCUACGAGGACUGUAGGGCGCUGGGGAACAACCACUGGAUGGGGGGCUACAGCGGUAUCUCAGCUGUGGCAAGUAUUUGGAAAAGGGAGACUUUUCAAGUAGGAAGACAUAUGCACACACACACACACACACACAUAUAUAUAUACUUAAUCAGGGUAUAGAGCGGAAGGAUAAUGAUGCUACAUGCUAGAUGCACAUCGCCAUUAUCACUGGUACUGGAUGCCAGACGGGCUGUACUUAAUAUCAUAAUCAUAAUCACAGUACGGAGUAACAUAACUCAAGUACUAAAUAUAUAACUUAGAAUAAUGAAUAAUCCUAAACGCUGCACUGGAGGUCGCAGUAACGAUGCUAACCGCUACAUGCACACCUACUGUACAAUCCAAUCCAACGUAGUUUAAUCAACGGUACACUCGUGCGUACAAUGUGACAUGCGAGCUACGCAUGCAAAGUCACCCUUCAGUCUCACACCCGAGUGUACAUCCUACUCCACCAGCGAGGCUGAGAUGGUUACGCACUCUAUGGGCACCCCAGAGUCCCUUGGCCUGAGGUUGUAGAUAGAUGUGUUCGGCUUGGUCUAUAGUAGCGGACACAUGUCAAACCCAGACACAUGUCAAACCCAUUGUCACAACACGAUCUGUAUCCCACCCGUACGGCAUACCAUACAACCACCCAAGCACAGGGGCGCUCACUGUCUAAUCCGUCUAAUCCGCAGAGGGGUUGAUAAUUUGACAUGCUGUGUACAUCCACGUCGCGUGGCCGUGCAGGUUGUGGGCAAUUCGACAGACUGACUGAGGACAGACGAGUGCAUUGUGCACACACGCCCGUGCUCGAUACUCUUCCAACAGCGCUUGGAAAUGUCGUACACACGAGGCCCUUUAUUUUUAGUCACGAAGCGUGCUACUGAAUAGCACCCGCUAAGGAAGCGUGGGAAUAAUUUUUUUUUUGUAUUACGUUGUGUCUAUUAAUCACGAAUCAUACUGUAUAGCACCCGCCAAGGAAGAGUGUACAUAAAAUAGUAUUUGUAUAACGUUGUGUAUUUAUCAGUCACGAAGCAUUCUACUGAAUAGCACCCGCCAAGGAAGCGCGUGGGAAUGAAAAAAAUUUAUAUUCCGUUGUGUUUAAUAGUCACGAAUCAUUCUACUGAAUAGCACCCGACAAGGAAGAG